AGCACAGAGGGUGAAGCAGUGUUCUUCAGUUGAGAGAUUCCCCGGGAGCAUGAUCUGAAUCUCACUUGAUUCUGAAUUCAGAGAAGUUUGAUUUUUUGGGGGUGAUUUUAAAGGCAGGUGACAGGCUUAGGAUGCUGAGGCUGGCAAAUACCACCACGGGGAUCUGGAACUGUAUCGGCAGGAGAGAUGUAAUGACACACUCCUUGGUGGGAUCAAACCUGUGGGCUCUGGAUCUUAAAGCAUAACUCUCUGCUGCCUGAUCUAAAAGACUCGCCUUUGCUAGCCAAGACCGUAGCAGAUUUAUCAGCUUUACUAAGGAGGAUGGACAACGCUCCACUGAAGGGGUUUAGGUCAUAUAAACUCAAGGGCUGACACAGAGAGUGACACUAGACAAUGCACCUGCCAAGACACAGUAGGAAGUGUGGGAAGGAAAACCUGCCCUGGGGUUUCAUCCUCUGCAAAUUAACUGAUGGGACCCAUUGACUUCCAGGUUUACUUGUGUCUUAGGCAGGGGGAGAGAACUGGACCCUGAGAUUCCCAUGCCUCCAAUCCCUUCUCCUUUACAAACAGCAAGGUUGGGGGUUUGGCUAAUUAAUUAUUUCAGAUGCUUUGAAAUCCUCAGCCGAAAGGUGCUACAGAGGUGCAGAAUGUGGUUACUGUUAGAGCAUACCGAAUAUUGAGACUGACAGGCAAUCUUGUACCACAGAUUAGUUAAUGAGCAAAGCAGCAGUUCAAACGGGCUCCCAGGUGAAUGCACUGAAAUCACCCUCACUCAGAACAGCCGCUGGCUGGUUUCCUGUUUAUUUCAUGGAAAUAGAAUUGGUUCAUCACACCUGGUGUAUAUAAAGGGGCUGAAGGUCCUAAAUUGAGACCUGAAUCUGCUGGAGUCCUAAUUGCUACAUCGGAGGACCAGGAAGAGAAACAAGCCAGGAAAAUGACGUCCUUGAAAGUUCUUGCUCUGCUCAUGGUCUCUCUGAGCCUUGUCCUGACGGAGGAGAAUGACUUCAGUGCCAACCCGAAGAGUCCCGGCGCCAGAGCCGUACAGCGACGCUACUCCGAGGCCAUCCUGGCCAGCGAUUACAGCCGGACCAUGGAUAACAUGCUCAAGAAGAACUUUGUGGAGUGGCUGUUGGCCAGAAGAGAGAAGAAAAGCGAUAACGCCAUCGAUCCAUCCAAGAGGGAAGCUGAACCCCAGCUGUCAGCUGUCAGUGGUCAAGGUUUGGAGCUGGCUUCCCAAGGGGCUCAGGACUUUUUUGUCUGGCUUCUAAAAAACAAAAGAAAACAGAGUCUUACUGCUCCCAAAGAAUCUGAUCCCUCGAAAGACGUUCUGAGCCAGGAGCUAUUGGCGUGGCUCAUGUCUGCUGAUCUCUGUAGACCAACGACUCAGUAGCCCCAAGACUCUCCAGAGGAGCUGUCUAUGCACUCUAACAACGGACGUGCUAAGAAUGAAGAAGGAUUUUGUAGCCACUUAGCUCUGU